UAGCGCGCUCCCUGGGACUUCCCGCGCGCGCCACCUACUGCCUCCUGGGUCCAGCCUGCGUCUCCUCCUCCCCCCCUAGCCGCCUUCCUCUUCUGCCCGACCUCAGCCCGUGCUCCUGCCGCCUUCGCUAUGGCGACCCGCAGCCCCAGCGUCGUGAUUAGUGACAAUGAGCCGGGCUACGACCUAGAUUUAUUUUGUAUCCCUAAUCAUUACGUGGAAGAUUUGGAAAAGGUGUUUAUUCCGCAUGGACUAAUUAUGGACAGGACUGAACGGCUGGCUCGAGACGUGAUGAAGGAGAUGGGAGGCCAUCACAUCGUGGCCCUCUGCGUGCUCAAAGGGGGCUAUAAAUUCUUUGCUGACCUGCUGGAUUACAUCAAAGCACUGAACAGAAAUAGCGAUAGAUCCAUUCCUAUGACUGUAGAUUUUAUCAGACUGAAGAGCUACUGCAAUGACCAGUCAACUGGGGACAUAAAAGUAAUUGGUGGAGAUGACCUCUCAACUUUGACUGGAAAGAAUGUCCUGAUUGUUGAGGAUAUCAUUGACACUGGCAAAACCAUGCAAACCCUGCUCUCCCUGGUCAAGCAGCAUAACCCAAAGAUGGUCAAGGUGGCCAGCUUGCUGGUGAAACGGACUCCUCGAAGCGUUGGCUAUAGACCAGACUUUGUUGGCUUUGAAAUUCCAGACAAGUUUGUGGUGGGCUACGCCCUGGACUACAAUGAAUACUUCAGGGACUUGAAUCAUGUCUGCGUCAUCAGCGAAACUGGAAAAGCAAAAUACAAAGCAUAAACGGAGUUGAGCUGUACGCCCGAGCGCCGCCAGGUCGGGCGCGCCCCCUCCCCCAACCACCCCCAAUGCAAAAUGGUCACCGUUUCCAGUCCCAAGACCCCCUGCUUACUUAGUAGUGCUUCCCUGCAUGCCCCUUCUCCGAGCGCCCUCGGGCCUGACCCUUAGAAGACACUUUAUGGAGGUGAUCGUUUCUCUUUGGGGUUGGCUUAUUGUGUGACUUGGGAGAGUCUCCGAAACCAUGCCACUACGGGAAGAAAACAAAAUUGUCCCCGUCAGAUACAUUGAAGAGAGAUCUAUUCGUUUUUUUAAUUGGUAUUUUACUUUUUUAAUUAAAGAUAGCCCAGAAGUGAUUGAUUCAUGGUCCUCAGACUACUGGGUCGUUGGGGGAGGUUAGAGACAGCCAGUUUGCGUAUCGGUGACAGACCCUGAGCCGCUUGGUUGUGGCCAGGCUCCUUAGGGGCCCCGGUGACUUGUAGCAGUGUGUCAGCGGGAGUGACUGAGUUGUCCCACUUGUUCAGAUUGUUUCCGGUGAGCCUUUGUCAACAGUUGCUUUUAAAUAAAUAAAUACAUUGACGAAGAAAA